GCGUAACGGACUAAAAAUCUGUUUGGAUCAUUUGAAUGACAAUAGUUUGAGUCGACCCCUGCUUGUUUUUCUUUUUAUUUGUAUUGUUAUUGGAGGUAUUUACUGGAAUGUGUUGCGCAUGGUAAGUCAUCGUGGGUUGGAUUUAAAAAACAAAACAAAACAAAAAAAACCCGAAGUGAUCUUGAUGCGUAAUUAUUGACAGGUGUUAAAGAGUCGGACCACAACAACGCGUCGGACGCAUAUGGUUGGAAAUACGCAAACCUUUUCUAUGGAUGGUUUAAUUCACUGGUUUAUGCUUCAUGUGUAAAAUUAAAAAAAAAAAAAAAAAAAAAAAAAAGAAAGAAAUCGGAUUUUGUCGUUUGGGAAUCAUAUAAUGCGUAACCACUUUGGCGUCUUGUUCCAGUUUGAGUUGUAGCCGAUCUGGCACCAGCCAAAAUGACCAGUAACGGACCUGUCAUCGUCUACGAGUGGCUUAAGACCCUCCAGCUCGCCCAGUAUGUGGAAUCUUUCGUGGAUAACGGCUACGACGAUCUGGAGGUGUGCAAACAAAUCGGAGAUCCGGACCUGGAUGCGAUCGGGGUCUAUAUCCCUCACCACAGACAGCGGAUUCACGACGCGGUGAGGAGGCUGAAGGAGGAAGCCAAAGAGACGGCCAGUGGACUGUACUUCACCUUGGAGCCCAUGCCACCCGCAGCUGAGAUCUACACCAGUCACAUGGUCAACCAGUAUGAGUCCAAACUGAGGGGAUCCAAGUCCUGGACCGAGCCCAACAGUGACCGGGUAGGGCGCACCGGUGGUGGGUACAUGGGCGCGCAGAGGAACCUGACCCUGGGCAACAACAGGAGGGAGCUCGUUAUAUACCCCAAACUGAAGCUGAAGAUCAUGAUCAGGGAUAAACUCAUCAGAGAUGGCAUCAACCUGGCCAGGCCUCCAUAUUCUAAUAAGGAUGGUUCUCUGGGCAACAUAGAUGACCUUGCUCAGGAGUACUCGGAGUACUACAACACCUGCUUCAGUGACGUCAGUGACCGUAUGGAGGAGCUCCGCAAACGGAGAGUCUCCCAGGAGCUCGACAUGGAGAAACAAGACCCAAGCACCACCUCCCUGCAGCUCCGUUCUGAGAUUCAGGAGUCGUUAGGCUUCAGCAGUGAGGUGUCCACUCCGGAGACAGACAGAAAGAUGCCUCUACACAAGUCCAGCUCUGAAGAUGGAUCUGGAGGUAAAUGGGACAACAAAAAGAAGAAUAAAUCUUUUUGGCAGAACUUCCGCAAGUCGCAGCACAAACCCGUGGUGCGACAGACGUCCAAAGGGGAAGACAUCGGCUACGUCGCUAGUGAGAUCACGAUGAGCGACGAGGAGCGAAUCCAGCUGAUGAUGAUGGUGAAAGAGAAGAUGAUCACUGUGGAGGAAGCUCUAGCUCGGCUGAAGGAGUAUGAGCGCAGCAGACAGUCCAGCAGUACUGACACUGCAGAGUGGACUGAAGGAUCUGCACCCGUUCUAAACCAGUCCUCAAACUGCAACUCUCGUGAACAGUCAGACGAUGAGCAAUCUGAGGACUCUGUGAAGUUCAAAAGGCUUCACAAACUGGUUAAUUCAACACGCAGGGUCAGGAAAAAACUCAUUAAGGUGGAGGAAGGCAAGAAACAUGGCUCUGAAGAUUUUCUGAAUCUGGAGCCGCCUCCCACUUGCGAGGACAACACAGCUCUUUACACAGGGGUUCUGAAGAAGCCUCCGUUGCCACAGGAGACCUCCCUGCCCUCCCACCAGGAUCAGCUCUCAUUAGAUGGAGACACCGACAGUUUGACCACCUCCCCUUCCUCCAGCAGCCUGGACACCUGGUCAGGACACAAGCUCGUCAAAACUUUUAGUAAGUCUUCCAGUACUCACGGCCUCAUCCGGCCCCCCAGGAGGACCCCAGUUGGCUCUGGGGGCCUGGGAGGUUCCAUCUCCGGCGUGGGAGGUAGUGGCUCCUUCUCAGAGCUGGAUGGCUGUGGAUUGGACGACGAGGGAAAGCUGUCACGUUCUACCACCGACGGCGAGAUGCGGAAGGCCCUGAGCUCCAUCUCCCACGGGAGAACGUGCAGUUUCGGAGGCUUUGACCUGUCCAACCGCUCCCUCCAUGUGGUCAACACCGGCUCGGACGCUAACAAUAAAGAACAGGAGGCUAUAUACAGAGAAGUGGUCAAAUCCCCCACCACGUCACGGAUCUCACUGGGCAAAAAGGUCAAGUCGGUCAAGGAGACGAUGAGGAAACGCAUGUCGAAGAAGUACAGCAGCUCCCUGUCUGAGCAGUCCAGUCCAGACGGAGCCCCUGGUUCCCCACAGUCACCUCAGCCUGAUACCGACUCUCUGGAGAAGCCCAAGCUGAAGGCUGGAGGUUCGGUGGAAAGCCUCCGCAGUUCACUGAGCGGACAGAGUUCAAUGAGUGGUCAGACGGUGAGCACCACGGACUCUUCAGCCAGUAACAGAGAAAGUGUGAAGUCAGAGGACGGCGACGAUGAGGAGCCUCCGUAUCGAGGUCCGUUCUGCGGCCGCGCCCGAGUUCACACGGACUUCACCCCCAGCCCGUACGACACCGACUCCCUCAAACUGAAGCGCGGCGAUGUGAUCGACAUCAUCAGUAAGCCCCCGAUGGGAACGUGGAUGGGUCUGCUCAACAACAAAGUGGGGACGUUCAAGUUCAUCUACGUGGACGUGCUGAGUGAGGAAGAGGAGAAACCCAAGAGGCCUGUGAGGAGGAGGAGGAAGGGCCGACCCCCCAAGCCCACCUCUGUGGAGGAGCUGCUGGAGCGCAUCAACCUCAAGGAGCACAUGCCCACUUUCCUGUUCAACGGCUACGAGGACCUGGACACGUUCAAGUUGCUGGAGGAGGAGGAUCUAGACGAGUUGAACAUCAGAGAUCCUCAGCACAGAGCGGUGCUGCUGACGGCCGUGGAGCUGCUGCAGGAAUACGACAGCAGCAGUGAUCCGGAACGUAGCGGUCUGUCGGGGUCCCAGGAGAAGCUGCUGUCCGAGGGUCGGGGUCUGGUGGGAGACUCCCCGCGGGAUUCUGGGUGUUACGAGAGCAAUGAGAACCUGGAGAAUGGUAAAAGCAGGAAAACCUCCCGCUCCAGUCGUUCUUCGGCAGGCCUCCAGUCUCCAGACUACCCCACGCUGCCGAUGACCAUUUCUACAGAAGCUUUGCAGCAGAACGGCAAGAACCAGCGAACGAAAUUCCCCAAAAGCUUCUUCCACAAACCCUCUCUGAAGGGUUUUAACCUGCUGGGUUUGCGCAAAGCCCAAAGACAGUCCCCCAUCCCGGCAAGUCGCAGCUGUGAGGACCUGGAUGGACCCCCAGAGUCCACCGGGCCGUGGAAACGCUCCCACUCCCUGGGGGAUCUGCAGUGGGAGCAGAGGAGCAAUCCGAGCGCAGAGGUCAAAUCCACCCAGGAAAGACCCAAAUCGGGCAACGGCAGCCCCGCGAAGGCCUGCAGAAGUGAGGGGUCCCCGGCUCGCAAUGGACCUCCACCAGUGAGUCCCAAAGGAAGGGCUGACCGGCCACCGGUGCCCUCCCAGCUGCCCCUCCGACCUCCAUGUCCCACCCCUCAGUCUGCGGUCCCUCCAGAGCCCCUGUCCAGCCCUACCCCAAGCACCCCCGAGUCGAAUGCAAGUGCAGAGAGGGUCAUGAGGACUCACACUAAAAAGCCCCCCGUCCCUCCUCCGGUUCCUGCCAAGAAGUCCAAGGAGCGACUCGCCAACGGUCUACGCCACCCCCCUCUAUCCCUGCCCUCCUCGCCAUCACCCACCCCCUCGCCCACACACUCCCUCACCCGCUCUCACCCGAGUAGCCCCGUGAUCCGGAGCAGCAGCAGCAGCCCCAGCGCCCCCCCUCUGCCCGCCAAGACUCCCAGCACCCCCGCCAGCCCCUGCGCCACGUCGUCAGCCUCCUCCAUGGGCGAGGACUGCGGGACCCCUCCGGCGGUGCAACCCCCGUGGCUUUCGGACCUGGGGGGGAAGGUAGCUGUGGCCAGGAAGGUUUCCCACAAUAAGAUGAGUCCGGAUCUGUUCACGCUCCUGGAACAACGGCUGGAGACCGAGGGCAUCGACCUCACAGAGGAGCCAUAUUCUGACAAGCAUGGUCGGUAUGGUAUCCCCCAUCCACUGGUCCAACGUUACUCUGAGGAUUUAGAGCAGCCGGUCAAAGACGUGGCUUCGACCCUGGACCAGCUGAGAGUCAAAGAGCUCCGUAAACAACACCGCAUGGCUAUCCCCUCUGGAGGUUUGACAGAGAUGUGCAAGCCGCUGCCCUCAGGUAACAUCAGCACAGUCUCCGAUUGGCUGGUCUCCAUCGGCCUGCCCAUGUACGCUGCCUCUCUGGCCGCGGCCGGCGUCAACUCGCUGAGCCACGUGCCUGUUAACGGAGAGCAGCGUCUGGGAGGCGGGGGUCCGGACGAAAGACACGCCCGCCGGCUGGUCAGCGAGGCGCGAUUGGUCGGCACAAACGGAGAGGUGCAGUCCUAACCGUGUUGGCGGUUGGUCUUAUUGGUUGAUAAUUAACAGGUAAUCGACUCACUGGUCAGUACCAUCUCAUUAAACGUGUGUGUGGGUGGGUGGGUGGGGGUGGGGGUGGGUGUGGCCAAGGACGAACUGGCUCCGAGACUCAACAUCCAUGCAACGAGACCACAGCGCUGCAGCACAUCCUGUUCUGCACGUGUCAAAGACUAGAAGAAGUGAGCGCCUCUGCUCUCUGAUUUUGUCUCCUUAUCUUUUCUCAAAUGUUUUACGGCAUGGGGAAUUAUCCUGAAAGCCAAGACACAAGAUAUCAGAUGCCUUUUUGAAAUAAAACAAACUUUAGAGUCCUUCUGUGGGAUGGCUUCCUUUCUGAAGACACCCCAAAAGUCUUAAAGUCAAGACUUGGAUCUGCCUUUGAGGAAGAUAGCACACUCUUUUGUAGGAUGGAUGUUUUUUUGUUUUUUUUUUAAAUACAGAAAGACGGUUUAUUGUGCAUAUUUCAUAAGUGCUUGAGGCGUGGCACCAUAAUCGGAGGGUAUUUUUACGGAUGUAGCUCGGGCCAAAGUGAUUUCCUUUCAUUCCCCCUAAUAGGCUCCUAACGACAGAGGACGUCUGGGACUUCAAUUCGACUAACGGUCAAUAACCGGUUGUUUUGAGAUUGGAAAUGGCUUCUUUUGUAUCAUGUUUCUGUAUUAUAACGUAACAAAAAUUUAAACGGAUAUAUGUGUUCAAGUUUCUGUUUGCCUUUUGAAUGUCGCAGCCUUAUUCGGAGGUCAUUUCUGAACUGAAACAGCUACCGACACACCUUUUUGUAUUUCAUAUUCUUCUCUUAUUUCACUGCUCCGAAAUGC